AUGAAGUGCACCUUCUUCUUCCUCGUGGCUGCUAUUACGGCAAUAGCGCUUGCUGCUCCAGGAAAGCUCACGCGCUGCGACAUCGAGUUGCCACCUGGUGCAUAUUGGGAAGACAACUAUGUCGUGAUUCGAAACCCUCCCCCUCCAUCUGGCGCUACAGGUACUCUCGAGGAUCUCGCCGAACCCUACGGCGCUGAAGAGCCGGAUGAAUCUGCAAUAUUUGCCAAUAUCGCGGCUUCAUUCGAUAACAGGACCGCACCAUUUGCCAAUUCGACCUCACCUGCGGUCGGAGACGGAACAGAUGGGAAAAAAUACAUCGCAGAUAUUCGCAUGCAGGUUGGGGAGAUGCAACACGUCGGCACGCUGCGUAAACAGCGCCUGUGGGACGUACUCUAUGAUUGCUUCCGAUCCCUUUGUGCGAUAAGUGAUGGCUUCAUUACAUGCCUCGAGGAAAAGCCUUUCGACGGGCUUUCUUGCAAGGUCAAGAAUAUCGUGUACAGCGAUGGAUUCAGUUACAGUACCAACGCUCACCUGACUAUCACAUAUAGGGCUGUCCAUCACAGCCCAGACAAAACGAAUCUCGAUUUGGCAACGUAUGACAUGGUCGCAGGCAUCUACAAGACCAUGUCAGAAAUAGAUGAAAAUUGUUACGUUAAGGAUUUCUCGGGUAGCAGAGCUACAACUAUGUGCAACGUUCCUACGCAAGUCAUGGUAGCUUUCCCCGUAGAAGGCGACUCUAGCAACAAUGCGACCUCGUUUAUUGCCAGCGUAUGGUUCAACGGAAAGACGGAUGAAGGAGGUAUGAAUUGUGAAGCGUCAAGGGAUAAAGUCGCCUCAUUCUUUAACGACAAGAUCAAAACGAAAAUGGCCAACGCCUACGGUGUGUCGGCAAAUGAUGUUGUCCCGCGCGUCAACUGUGUAGAGAAGUGGUGCUUCCUUCCGAACUACUGGUGGGACUGCAACCGAUUUCUUCCGAACCAGGGAUGAUUGGAACGUGCAAGCUGCAUCUUCAAUGGCCAGGUAAUGGAGUCGAUAGAUGAGAACGGGAGAGAUGAUUUUGGAGAGGAGCUCAUGGGUGCAUCUGAUCGGGGAACCCAUGUGAGCUGGGCAACAGCUCUGGUGAAUAUAGUCUCACAACUGGGCUUCUCAGUAUGGAACAUAUUAGGG